GCGGGCGCACUGAUAGAACGGCCGCCCGCCCCGACUCCGCUCCGCUCCUACCCGUGCUCGGCUCUCGCUCCGGUCCCGGCUCGGGCCGCGAUCCGUACCGCUCCGGUUCCGGCCCGGCGCGCACCUGCCGGCUGCGGCCCGGGAGCCAUGCGGAGGCCUGCAACGGGGCCGGUGGCCCAGCGCGUCCUGUAGGUCGCCGAAGGCUGCGCGACGGCGGUAGCGGCGCCAUGGACGCCCCGUACUCGAUGACGGCGCACUACGACGAGUUCCAGGAGGUCAGUACGUGAGCCGGUGCGGGCGCGGGAGGCGGGCGAGGGGCCUCGCUGCCCCCCGGCUUCCCGCUAGGCGCUGGGGCGCAGCGCCUGCCAGGGCCCCGGGCCAGGCUGCCGCGCUGGAAUCGGCGCGAGGUGUGCCUGCUGUCUGGCCUGGUGUUCGCCGCCGGCCUCUGCGCCAUCCUGGCCGCCAUGCUGGCGCUCAAGUACCUGGGCCCGGGCGCGACCGGCGGCGGCGGCUCCUGCCCCGAGGGCUGCCCGGAGCGCAAGGCCUUUGCGCGUGCAGCCCGCUUCCUGGCUGCCAACCUGGACGCCAGCAUCGACCCGUGCCAGGACUUCUACUCGUUCGCGUGCGGCGGCUGGCUGCGGCGCCAUGCCAUCCCCGACGACAAGCUCACCUACGGCACCAUCGCGGCCAUCGGCGAGCAGAACGAGGAGCGCCUGCAGCGCCUGCUGGCGCGGCCGGGGGGCGGGCCGGGCGGCACGGCCCAGCGCAAGGUGCGCGCCUUCUUCCGCUCGUGCCUCGACAUGCGCGAGAUCGAGCGGCUCGGCCCGCGGCCCAUGCUCGAGGUCAUCGAGGACUGCGGCGGCUGGGACCUGGGCGGCGCCGCGGAGAGCCCGGGGACCGCCGCGCGCUGGGACCUCAACCGGCUGCUGUACAAGGCGCAGGGCGUAUACAGCGCCACCGCGCUCUUCUCGCUCACCGUCAGCCUGGACGACAGGAACUCCUCGCGCUAUGUCAUCCGAAUUGACCAGGAUGGGCUCACCCUGCCGGAGAGGACCCUGUACCUGGCUCAGGAUGAGGAGAGUGAGAAGAUCCUGGCGGCCUACCGCGCAUUCAUGGAGCGCCUGCUCGGGCUGCUGGGCGCUGAGGCCGUGGAGCAGAAGGCGCAGGAGAUCCUGCAGCUGGAGCAGCGGCUGGCCAACAUCACUGUGUCCGAGCAUGAUGACCUCCGGCGAGACGUCGACUACAUGUACCACAAGGUGACGCUGGGACAGCUGCAGAAGAUCACCCCCCACCUGCGGUGGAAGUGGCUGCUGGACCAGAUCUUCCAGGAGGACUUCUCGGAGGACGAGGAGGUGGUGCUGCUGGCGACGGACUACAUGCAGCAGGUGUCCCAGCUCAUCCGCUCCACGCCCCACAGGUUCAGAUCCUGCUCUGCCUCCGACACUCGGGCUGGGUGGGGCACUGAGCUUCCUGGACUGCAGCUUCUCACCUGGGGCUUCAAUGAGUGUGGACGUUGGAAAGGAGAGGGGUGGCCUCCGCUCUGCACACCCGGGGCUGCCCUGGGGAGAGCCUCCCCGGUCUCUGCCCACCUGGAGGCACAGAGGCCACCCAAGGGUCCUGCACAAUUACCUGGUGUGGCGCGUGGUGGUGGUCCUGAGCGAGCACCUGUCACCGCCGUUCCGAGAGGCGCUGCACGAGCUGGCACGCGAGAUGGAGGGUGGCGACAAGCCCCAGGAGCUGGCCCGGGUCUGCCUGGGCCAGGCCAACCGCCACUUCGGCAUGGCGCUCGGCGCCCUCUUUGUCCACGAGCACUUCUCCGCCGCCAGCAAGGCCAAGGUGCAGCAGCUGGUAGAAGACAUCAAGUACAUCCUGGGCCAGCGCCUAGAGGAACUGGACUGGAUGGACUCCCAGACCAAGGCGGCUGCUCGGGCCAAGGCUGGUCCCAGAGCUCGCCCACCCCUCGCCCGCAGCUCCAGUACAUGAUGGUGAUGGUCGGCUACCCGGACUUCCUGCUGAAACCCGAGGCCGUGGACAAGGAGUAUGAGUUUGAGGUCCACGAGAAGACCUACUUCAAGAACGUCUUGAACAGCAUCCGCUUCAGCAUCCAGCUCUCGGUCAAGAAGAUCCGGCAGGAGGUGGACAAGUCCACGUGGCUGUUGCCCCCACAGGCGCUCAAUGCCUACUAUCUACCCAACAAGAACCAGAUGGUGUUCCCGGCUGGCAUCCUGCAGCCCACGCUGUAUGACCCUGACUUCCCGCAGUCUCUGAACUACGGGGGCAUCGGCACCAUCAUCGGGCACGAGCUGACCCACGGCUACGACGACUGGGGGGGCCAGUACGACCGCGCCGGGAACCUGCUGCACUGGUGGACCGAGGCCUCCUACAGCCGCUUCCUGCGCAAGGCCGAGUGCAUCGUGCGCCUCUACGACAACUUCACUGUCUACAACCAGCGGGUGAACGGGAAGCACACGCUGGGUGAGAACAUCGCGGACAUGGGUGGCCUCAAGCUCGCCUACUAUGCCUAUCAGAAGUGGGUGCGGGAGCAUGGCCCCGAGCACCCACUGCACCGGCUCAAGUACACCCACAACCAGCUCUUCUUCAUUGCCUUCGCCCAGAACUGGUGCAUCAAGCGGCGGUCGCAGUCCAUCUACCUGCAGGUGCUGACCGACAAGCACGCGCCCGAGCACUACAGGGUGCUGGGCAGCGUGUCCCAGUUUGAGGAGUUUGGCCGGGCCUUCCACUGCCCCCGGGACUCGCCCAUGAACCCACCUCUCAGGUGCUCCGUGUGGUGAGCCCAGCGGCCGCCCCAGCCCCCCGUCCCGCACGAACCGCCUCCCGCUGGCCGCUGGGGCACCCCCACCUCCCCAGCCCCUCCAGGACCCGGCCCCCCGCUGCCCCUCACUUCAGGAGGGGCCUCGGGCAGGGAGGAGGGGUCUCUAGGGGCUCGAGGAGAGACCCUGCGGUGGUGCCGGACCGACGCCCUGGCCGGGCGCAUUGUACAGGCCCCGCCCACGCUGUGUUCUUGCUCCUAAACCGGAUCAAUAAAAGCCACUCUCCAGUC